UUGUUUUCAGAACAUCUUCCCGUGGGUGGUCAAGUCUUGAAGUUCAUCUAUUGGUUUGAACUACCUCUUCUUACCCGCAGAAGGACUUCCUGAGAGCAGAAACUCGACUUCACAGCUAGGUGUUCACUGAGCCAACCACGGUACUUGGUACUUAAUAGCGGCUCAUUAAAUUUUGAAGGAACCCAAAUUCCUUCGCUGUUCUCAUUCUAGCUCCACCACCUGGGCACAUUUGGUGUUGCACUUACCUUAGCUGCAUAGUGAAAAUAGAGCAGCUAAUUCAUAGGUUUUUUUACCCCCUAGGGUUUAGUAAAUUAAUAGACUUAAAGAGUUUAAAACAGAGCACUCUACCAGAGUUGUUAGUGAUAUUCUUUAGAGGUAAAAUGCUUCUCUUUCUCUGAGUUUGGACUUGGACUGUUCUGCUUUAAAUCUAAGAGCUGCCCCUAUUACCUAUGAGAGGGCAAAUUCCAAACCUCUAAACCUCAGAGAUCUUCCUGGCUGUAGAGUGGGAAUGCUCCGACUCAAGGAAAGCUCCCACAGCAUUUAGCUUUGACCUGAUUAUUUCUCUUAAUUUCCUUCUGACCACUGCAUUCUAUGAAGUUAAGCUCAUCACUUAACUGAAUUUAUUUAGAACUAAAAAAUGUGCCAGAGACUCUGCCGGGAGCUGGUACAGAGAUAACAGCAGUAGCUAAUGAGUGCCUCAGAAACCUGUGGGCUUUCCAAAGCAAAAACAUAGUUCUGUCCUGAAAAUAGUAAUUGUUUUCAGGCUCUCAGUUUUAGUCUCCAUAAAAUGGGGGUGAUAAUACCUAUCUCAUAGACUAUGGAGAGCUGUAAAUGAAAUAAAACACGUAAUACAUGUAAGAAUACCUAGCACAUAGGUGUUAUGUGCCAUGAUUUUUUUUUUUUCAUUUAACUUGAAAAAUCAAAAAAUGAGCUAGAAAUCUAACGUGUUUCUGGUUAAAAAAAAAAAAGGUUAGAGUAACAAUAAGGUUUCAGAUGUGAAAAAUAAUUGUCUCGAGAAUCUGAGGCUACUUUACAAAAGCUUCUUACACCAGGUGACCCUAGAAUGUGCCUCAAGUCGGAGAAGGUGCCUUUAUUGUGUUGAAAACUGCAAUUCCCAGAAUGCACCGAUACAACGCCUCGGGAGUGGAGCCUUGCCCCGCCGCAAGGGAUUGUGGAAGACGUGGUUUCCGUGAGUACAGAGCGCCUUGCCUCAAGGGCGGGAGAAUCUUAGAGACCGCCUCCAGAGUGGGCGGGGCAAGCGCUAGCGCGCAACCAAUCACUGAACCAGCUCCUGGACGCGCUAGGCAGCGGCGAAUCGGAACGCAGCGGCUUCCGCCUCCACUGGCGCGCGAGAAUUUGAAUACAGUGGGGGGACGUCGGGCUCUGCUGAGGAGAGGUCGCGGGUCUGAGGCUCAGGAUUUCAAUUAAGAUGUCAGCCUUAACUCCAAGGAAAAGGAAGCAGCAGUCUUUGAACUCCGACAACCUAUUGUCAGACAUUCCAUCAGAGAAAUUAAUUUUGGACUUAACUGAAAAUAUAUUUCCAUCCCCUAAUAAAAAACAUAUUUGCCAAAGCAGUGAUAAAAAUGAGAAAAAAAUUCAUUGCUCUCAACAAGGCCAUUUCAUUUCAAGUCCACUCAAAAUGACUAAAAAUAGAUUGCCACCUGCAAAUCAAGGUUCACCGUUUAAGUCUGCCGUAUCUACUGUAUCCUUUUACAAGAAAGAUAAGUGGUACCUCAACCCUUUGGAGAGAAAAGUGAUAAAAGAGAAUAGAUCCAUUUGGUUAAAAACCAAUAAUGAAGAUAAAUCAUAUCCCAGUGUGACACCAAAAACGCAGCGAAAACCAGUCUGCUCCAAGAAGAUGAACAAAAAACCACAGAAGAGUUUAACUGCUAAGCAUCAACCAAGUUAUAAGUGUAUCAAGCCUGUGUCAAAGAAUUCUAAAAGUUCUAAGCAAGAUCGAGUGGUUUACAGGCCAAUUGUGGAGAAAGAGAAUAAUUGUUACUCAGCUGAGAAUAAUCUGACUGCUCCUCGGGUUCUAAGCCAAAAGGUCAAACCACAAGUUACCCUCCAGGGUGGAGCAGCUUUUUUUGUUAGUAGGAAAAAACCUUCUCUGAGGAAAUUAUCCCUGGAAGAUAAGCCAUCACUGGGACUCACCCAAAAGAAUAAAUCAGAAUUUAAUGAGUCUGAUGAAGAGACUGUCGGUGAGAGGAGUUCUAAGACAAGGCAGGUGUCAAAGAGGUUGUUAGUAAAAAAAGAGCUGAACAUUGAGCUGCUGUGUGAAAGAAAGAAAAAUGAAGAGAAACUAAUAAAGGAUUCAUCAGGUAGAGUCAUUUCUUCAAGGGGAUGUAAAACUGAUGAAAAUAAGUUUUCUUCAGAGGAUUCUUUCAGAGAGAACAAGGCAGUUUCUCCUGAGUCCAUUGUCUAUCCCAUCUUCAAUGUGUCUUCAGUGAAUACAAAAAGAUCUCUAGUUGAAGAACAGUCUUCUGUGGGAUCCAUCAUAUCUACUAACUUCUUAAAACAAGUCAAUAUACAGAAAAGUACUAAUACCAGAGAUUUAAAUAAAUACACAAAAGACCAGCUCAUCAUUGACGCAGGUCAGAAACAUUUUGGAGCCACCAUGUGUAAGUCUUGUGGCAUGAUCUAUACUGCUUCCAGCCCUGAGGAUGAACUGCAGCACAUGCAGCAUCACCACAGAUUUCUGGAGGGAAUCAAAUAUGCAGGAUGGAAGAAAGAACGUGUCGUAGCGGAGUUUUGGGAUGGGAAAAUUGUGUUGGUCCUGCCACAUGAUCCAAGUUAUGCUAUCAGAAAGGUAGAAGAUGUUCAAGAACUUGUCGAUAAUGAAUUGGGCUUCCAGCAAGUUGUUCCCAGAUAUCCAAACAAAACUAAAACUUUUCUCUUUAUAUCUGAUGAAAAGAAAGUAGUUGGGUGUUUAAUUGCAGAGCCCAUCAAACAGGCCUUCCGUGUCCUGUCCGAACCAACUGGACCAGAAUCCCUGAGCUCUAGAGAAUGUCAUAGGGCUUGGCAAUGUUCAAAUGUACCAGAACCUGCAGUCUGUGGGAUAAGUAGGAUCUGGGUCUUCAGAUUGAAAAGAAGAAAACGCAUUGCAAGACGACUGGUAGAUACUCUCAGGAAUUGCUUCAUGUUCGGCUCUUUCCUCAGCACUAAUGAAAUAGCAUUUUCUGACCCAACACUAGAUGGCAAGUUAUUUGCAACCAAGUACUGCAACACCCCGAAUUUCCUUGUGUACAAUUUUAAUAGUUAAAGCUAAUUUCAACUAUAGAACAGUUACUGUGUGGGUGAUUCUGAUAGCCCAUUAUCAUAAAAUAAACUAUUUAACAAAUUCAAAAUAAAAAUACUAAGACACACACGUAUACAGAAGCCUGCCUUAGUUUUAAUCCUUAAACAGAGGUAAAUUUGUUAAAAAUUAUCUGGGGAUUCAAAGAAAGGGAAAAAAAUCACUGAAUGACAUACUGACUAGCCCUCUGAGUCCUUUAUUAUGUAACUUUGUAGUUGUAACUGGAAAAUUACCUGCUUCCUACAUAAGAACAUUGACAAAGCAUGGUGGUUUUCCACAGAAAUUUUCUACUUAUAUUUAUAGAGCACACUUUUGGGCCAGAAUUAUCUCAUGCCUGAUCAGAAGCAAACAGGAAAAUUUAAAGACAGGUAAAUAAUUUCCUGAAUUCGUACACAAAAUUCUCACUUUAUAGAUACUUGGCUGUAGCACCUCAGUUUGAGUAUAUUUAAAGUAUUCUGAAUUUCUAACUUGUACCAGGUAAAGAUAAUAAGAUUUUCAUAACUUUAUAUAAAAUAGAAUUCUAUAGCUUAACGUCUUUAUCUUUUUAAAAACCAUUAAUCAAAAGUACCCUGUCAUCAGAUUUGAUUAAAAUUAAACUUUGUAAUUGCACUAUUGUCAUUUCAUUAAUUUGGGAUGUUUGAAAAUGCUAAUUGUGUUACUUUUCUUUAGUGGACUUAUUACUGGUGGUUGGUAUCUAACAAAAUGGAUGCCCUGUUGAAUUAAAUUAUUCAUAUGGUUACAUUUUUAAGUGUAUAGUAACAGAACCAAGGUUAGUAAAAUAUAUAUAUAUAUAUGUAUACAUCUAGGCUGACGAGUCACUGAACAUGAUGACAUUUGUAAGCAUACCUAAAUUUGCACACGUUUUUCUAGUAUAAUUCUUGGAUACUUUGUAAGCAAAGAAUUGUUUAGAUUUUUUUAUUUUUUAAAAAUUACUUAUUUUCUCUGCAAUAAAGCUGUAGGAAAGUAGUUAUCCAGGUUGUAACUCUACAUAAGAAUUUGUUCCUUUGCAUUCUUUUAUUUGCCCAGAAGUGAAUGGUUCCAAAAUUUAAAAGCCUGGGUUCCAAAAACGUGGAACUGUUAAAAUGUGUAUAAUGCUAUUUUCUGCCCUGCUGUGUUUUAAAAUUGUUUUAAAUAUUUUAUUUAAAAAUUUUAUUAACAUUAUUUUGCUUAAUACUUUUAUUACAAAUUAAAAUUCUUUGCAAUAUU